AUGGAAAAAUACAACAUAUUUGCCAAAUUAAAACACACAAAUAUUGCAAAACGUGGAAAGAAACUGUGGCGCGGCCUUAAGGAUAAGACAGAAUGGGAACAGAAAGCCAUCAAACAGAUGGAAGAAUACAACAAGGCAGUUAAGGAAUAUGAGGCAAAUGGUGGAUCAAAUUCCGUUGCGAAGCGAAGGAAGCUUGCCAACAAGCUAGCGUCAAAGAAGGCCAAGAGGAAAGAUUCCUCCGAGGAAGAAGAGGACGAUGAGAGCGUGUAG